GAGAACAGUGUUGCAUGGCGUGUGUCUAUGUGCAUGCAUUCGCGGGGGUAGGAUACUCCGUCCUCAGCAUUCGCUUGUGAUCAGAAGAAAACAGGAUAUGUCCAUAGCUGGAGGAGUGACAACGCUAGCCGAGUGGGGCUCACCUGCUGGUGAUCUUUGCAGAGGCAUUUGAGGAUUAUUCAGCUCCAGAAGGUCUGUGCGAGGAAUGCUAUCUCUGCCGUGGCUGAAAAUAGAAGGUGCCUACCCUUACCCAUCUUGAUUAUUGCCACCAAAAGGACCUCUUUGCCACCACUAUAGAAAGAAGAAAUUGCUGCCACCGACAAGGUGAUGAGGAUUAUGAUCACAUGUGCAGCUCUGCAUAGCUGUCCACUUGGAGAUGAUGGUGACUCCUUAGAGAACAUACGCAAAGCCCUGGUUAACCAUCAGCACAGUGCUCCUUUCAUCCUAAAAGUCUGAUAACUGCUUUUCACCAGCUUUCCGGUUUUGUUUCAUCAUGUUGUCUCUACCAGCCUAAACCAUUUCCUAAAAUGGUCCUUCUGCUGGUCCUUGCAUUCCUGUUAUUGAAGGAAGAUGUCCAUGGGAACUUUGGGCUAUUGGUUUCUGCACAGGCCAAUGAAAGAAGAGUGGUUGCACACAUGCCUGGUGAUAUUAUCAUUGGAGCUCUAUUCUCUGUCCACCAUCAACCAACCGUUGAUAAGGUUCAUGAGAGGAAAUGUGGAGAGGUAAGAGAGCAGUAUGGCAUUCAAAGAGUAGAGGCAAUGCUACACACCCUUGACAGAAUUAAUUUGGACCCCACACUGUUGCCAAAUAUAACCCUUGGAUGUGAAAUAAGGGACUCUUGCUGGCAUUCUGCUGUGGCUCUGGAGCAGAGCAUUGAGUUUAUAAGGGACUCUCUAAUUUCAUCAGAAGAAGAGGAAGGGAUGGUGCGAUGUGUGGAUGGAUCUUCAUCGUCUUUCCGCUCCAAGAAACCCAUUGUUGGUGUAAUUGGACCCGGCUCUAGCUCAGUUGCUAUCCAGGUCCAGAACCUGUUGCAGCUUUUCAAUAUACCUCAGAUUGCUUAUUCUGCCACAAGCAUGGACCUAAGUGACAAAACUCUGUUCAAGUAUUUUAUGAGAGUUGUGCCAUCUGAUGCACAGCAAGCACGAGCUAUGGUGGACAUUGUCAAGCGCUAUAACUGGACCUAUGUUUCUGCUGUACAUACUGAAGGAAACUACGGAGAGAGUGGAAUGGAAGCUUUCAAAGAUAUGGCAGCUAAGGAAGGGAUCUGCAUUGCACAUUCCUACAAGAUCUAUAGCAAUGCUGGUGAACAGAGCUUUGACAAGCUGCUGCGAAAGCUUCGGAGCCACCUGCCCAAGGCAAGGGUUGUUGCCUGCUUCUGUGAAGGCAUGACUGUGAGAGGGCUCUUAAUGGCUAUGAGGCGCCUGGGACUUGCUGGAGAAUUUUUGCUGCUGGGCAGUGAUGGCUGGGCAGACAGGUACGAUGUGACAGAGGGGUAUCAGCGUGAAGCUGUUGGUGGAAUAACAAUCAAACUCCAGUCUCCUGAUGUGAAAUGGUUUGAUGACUACUACCUACAGCUGCGGCCAGAAACCAAUCACCGAAAUCCAUGGUUUCAGGAAUUUUGGCAGCACAGAUUCCAGUGCCGGUUGGAAGGGUUUCCUCAAGAGAACCCUAAAUACAACAAGACUUGCACAAGCCAGAUGACUCUGAGGACACAGCAUGUUCAGGACUCCAAGAUGGGCUUUGUCAUCAACGCCAUAUACUCGAUGGCGUACGGCCUCCACAACAUGCAGGUGUCACUGUGCCCUGGUUACGUGGGCCUCUGUGAUGCCAUGAAGCCCAUAGAUGGUCGGAAGCUCCUGGAAUCCCUCAUGAAGACUAACUUUACUGGGGUGUCUGGGGACAUGAUCUUGUUUGAUGAGAAUGGUGACUCACCAGGAAGAUAUGAAAUCAUGAAUUUCAAGAAAAUGGGGAAGGACUACUUUGAUUAUAUUAACGUUGGCAGCUGGGACAAUGGAGAGCUGAAGAUGGACGAUGAUGAAAUAUGGUCAGAGAAAAAUAAUAUCAUCAGAUCCGUGUGCAGUGAACCCUGUGAAAAAGGCCAGAUAAAGGUGAUCCGUAAAGGAGAAGUGAGUUGCUGUUGGACCUGCACCCCUUGUAAGGAGAACGAAUAUGUAUUUGAUGAAUACACAUGCAAGGCCUGCCAGCUCGGCUCCUGGCCCAACGAUGACCUCACAGGUUGUGACCUCAUCCCAGUCCAGUAUCUCAGAUGGGGUGAUCCUGAACCAAUUGCAGCAGUUGUUUUUGCAUGUCUGGGUCUACUGGCCACCUUGUUUGUCACAGCUAUAUUCAUAAUGUACCGUGAUACUCCAGUGGUCAAAUCAUCCAGCCGAGAACUUUGCUACAUCAUUCUAGCUGGCAUCUGCUUGGGUUACUUGUGCACUUUCUGCCUCAUUGCGAAACCUCAACAGAUUUACUGUUAUCUUCAACGAAUCGGCAUCGGCCUCUCCCCAGCUAUGAGUUACUCUGCUCUAGUAACUAAAACCAACCGCAUUGCAAGAAUCCUGGCUGGAAGUAAGAAGAAGAUUUGUACCAAGAAGCCUAGGUUCAUGAGUGCCUGCGCCCAACUGGUUAUUGCGUUUAUCUUGAUUUGUAUACAAUUAGGCAUAAUUGUUGCCCUCUUUAUAAUGGAGCCACCAGAUAUAAUGCAUGAUUACCCCAGCAUCCGAGAGGUCUACCUGAUCUGUAACACCACCAACCUGGGUGUCGUAACUCCCCUUGGAUAUAAUGGAUUAUUGAUCUUGAGUUGCACCUUUUAUGCUUUUAAGACAAGAAAUGUCCCAGCUAAUUUUAAUGAAGCAAAGUAUAUUGCCUUUACAAUGUACACCACCUGCAUCAUUUGGCUGGCUUUUGUGCCAAUAUAUUUUGGAAGCAACUACAAGAUAAUUACCAUGUGUUUCUCCGUGAGUCUGAGUGCCACGGUGGCCCUCGGCUGCAUGUUUGUGCCCAAGGUCUACAUCAUCCUUGCAAAGCCUGAAAGAAACGUGCGCAGCGCGUUCACCACAUCGACCGUGGUCCGUAUGCACGUGGGGGAUGGAAAGUCAUCUUCAGCUGCAAGCCGCUCAAGCAGCCUGGUGAACCUGUGGAAAAGAAGGGGAUCAUCUGGUGAAACCCUUAGCUCUAAUGGGAAAUCAGUUUCCUGGGCCCAGAACGAGAAAAGCACUAGAGGAGCACACCUUUGGCAGCGGUUGUCAGUCCACAUCAACAAGAAAGAGAGUCCCAACCAAACUGCAGUGAUCAAGCCAUUUUCUAAAAGCACAGACAGUAGCCGACAUAGUAGCAGCGCUACAUUUCCCGAGGCCAGUGCCAAAACGCUUUACGACGUGUCAGAAGCAGAAGAGCAAUAUCCAGCUCAGUACCGGCCACAGACCCCCUCUCCUAUCAGCACCUUGAGCCACAGAACUGCCUCCGUUAGCCGAACAGAAGACGAUGCCCCCACCUUCCAGUCAGAGCCUCCUCAGCGAAGUAGCUCCUCUCAAGGCUCCCUCAUGGAGCAGAUCAGUAGCGUGGUUACUCGCUUCACGGCCAAUAUCAGUGAGCUGAACUCUAUGAUGCUUUCAACAGCCACUCCAGGGACAGUGGUGGCCAAUCCUCUCUGCUCUUCAUACCUGAUUCCACGGGAAAUUCAGCUCCCUACAACAAUGACCACAUUUGCAGAGAUCCAACCACUGCCUUCUAUUGAAGUCAAUGGCGCUUCGCAGUCAGCUAGGAAACCUUCAAAUGGCAGCGUUAAAGAAGGCACUUCAGAGACCCCAUCAACUAAGCAAGACCUCGAGGAGUUGGUAGCUUUAACUCCUCCUUCUCCUUUCAGAGACUCCAUCGAUUCUGGGAGUGCAUCUCCCAGCUCUCCAGUUUCCGAAUCGGCUCUCUGUAUCCCGUCCUCCCCGAAGUAUGACACGCUCCUCAUCAGAGAUUAUACUCAAAGUUCUUCUUCGCUGUGAAUGUAGUUCAAGACAACAUUGGAUCUCAAUGACUACAAGCAAGUAGUGAGAAGACAGCCAAGCCUUCAAGAGCUCCAGUGUUAACGAAGAUAGAGUGAGAGGCAUUGGGUCAUCUUGUGGGAAACAAAGAGGAGGAAGAGGAAUUACUUGAUAAGUGGAAACAUCAGAUUAAUGAUGCUGUUUUAAAGACUCUUGGCAGAUUAUCGUGGCCUUAAAAAAACAUGGGCUUUUCAGAAACACUGAAUCUAUUUUUGAGGGCUUAUAAGGAGUCUGUUAAAUCAGUUACAUACCAAGUGCUUUGCUUUAGUAUUAAAAUGAACCGUGUAUAUACGUAUACCGUUCAAUAUACGGGACGGGAGGGGAAAUGAGAUUGUAAACAACUGUACAAUGGUCUGUUUGUUUACUCUGAUUCCUUACCCAGAAGUGAACCUUGAUCUUUUAUCAAGAAUAGAAGACCAAACAUUGAAUGUACAUUUUCUAACAGACUCAAAUCUGGGACCAACCUGUUGAGCAUUCUUUUU